CUACAGACUGCCAGCAUGACAGAAGGACAGGUCAUCUCGAGUCUUCAUGAGUGGUGAUGGAGGGGCAUCCCAACCCUCUUCUAUGUUUGAAGAAGUCAGGACCACCAAGGCAUCAUCGGGCACCUCUGUGAAAGGCAUGUAAUGCCCUCAGCAUGCAGUAGAGGGCAAAGGAGUGCAAACUUCACAGAAAAGCUGGACUCAGGCACUCCUGGAGCCAGUCCUGGUUCUGUCAAUGAAUCAUCUGCACCUGCAGCUCUGCCGGAGCCGCUGCCAGCCUGGGGAGACACAAGAUAGCAGAAUGGCUAAGAGCCCCGGCUCUGGACUCACCAUGGAUUAACUUUGUGACCAUGAGGCAGCUACAGGACCUCUCUAAGCACCACCUUUCAUAUCUGUAAAUGUUGUUUUAGGAAAUAAAGACAUGCCUCCUAGAAUUUCUUCACUUCAACAAGAACACCAAUAACAAUAAAACAAAACAAACUUGGGCAGGUUCUAGAGAAAGAAAAAUCCAGGUAAGAGUGAGGUAAUAAUCCAGAUGUCCUUUUGUGUCAGUUGGGCCAGUUUUGUCCCCGCCUCAACACCCACGUGGGUGCAUGUGUGCUCACAUUUCUCAGAAUGGAACAACGUGAACGUUAGAGAGAAGUCUCGCUACACCCUGAGUUUGCCCCUGGUCCCUCCUGCUUGUCCAUAGGGGUGACAAGUCUAGGGGAGACUGGGAGUCAAUGUGCAAUAAACAUGCAGGUAGAAGCAGGGAAAGUUUCACCCUGCUCAUUACCUUCCGUUGUGUUGUCAGAGUGCCUGGUGUGGGGGGACAUAAAGUUGAAGACUUCACUCAUACAAUAGUGGGAUCUAACCACUUCUCACCCCCUCCUCACUACCCUCUUUCUGGCAUGAAUUCCUCGUUAGUGUCCCGGGGGUCUUUCCUGCCAGGCUUGCGCCCCUCCAGUCAUUUCCAGCUAACAAGCAGAGGACGCUUUAAGAUGUGCAUCAGAAUCUGCCACUCCGCUGCUCUAAAUCCUACACUCAUUUCUUAUUUCAAUCAGCGGAAAAUCCCAAAUCCUUACAAGAUCUGACCUCUUCAAUCCACUUCCUCAACUCCGCUCCAGUCACUCCUCACAUUUUCGGAAGAGGCUCCCACAUCUGGUCUUUGAACUUGCACUUGCUCUUCUCUUUCCAGAAUGCUUUUUCCCCAGACGACAAGAGGCUUGCUCCUUCUGCCCUUUAGAUCUUUGCAUGAAGGUCACCUUAUCAGCGAGGCCUUUUUAGACUCCCCUAUACCAAUAUCACCCCUCAGACACCCUCUCCUCCCCUUAUCUUGGCUGUUUUCUUCAGCCCUGAUCAUCACCUAACAUAGAAAUGUAUUUCUUUGUUUAUAGUGCCUCUUUUCUUACCCCUUACUGUAAUGUAAGUGUGUAAGAACAGAAAUUCUGUCUGUUCUACUCAUUGCUGUAUCCUCAGUGCCUGGAAAAAUUCCUGGCAGAGUAGAUCUUGAAUAAUAAUAUUGUGAAAUUUUUAGUUCCCCAACCUCCUCUGUUCUGUGUCCAAUCAAACACUUGAAGCCUGACUCUUCUCUCAAAGUCCUCAGAAUUCUGCAUGCAUGACUGUCUUCAUCUGUAACCUGUGGGUAACAGCACUUCUCUCACAGAGUUUCGUGAUGAAUAAGUAAGAUAAUAUAUGCGAAGGGUUUAGUGUACCUCUUGGCUCAUUGAAAAGCUUCAAGAAAUGGAAACUGAUUCUAUCACUAUCAGUAUUAUUUGGCAGUGAUCCAGAUUGCUUUUGCCACCAACCUGAAGACAUAUGGAGGCAUAAGGACCAGAACCACUCUUUUUAUUUCUGUGUUUCGGACCUUCCAUGUGCAUGGCUUUCAGGCUAUCAAAAGGGGAUGUGGGAGAGGGUGUCGAAUAUGUCCUGGCAAUGCAGUUCCUAAUCUGAGCUGGGUGAGAGGCACUUCUGCCAACUAUAUAUAUCUAUCUCCCUUCUGGGAAUCCUGACUUGCCUCAGUGAUGGGGGUAUGACACAGUAAUGGACUUGGAAAUCUAUGGAGCCAAGCUCUGAGAUCAAAUCAAAGACUCAGUAUAUGGGUUGGAACCCUACUGCAAAUUCUUGAACUGAGAGUCUUCUGAAAUGAUCUCAACCAAGAAGAUCAAUUAGAAGAUUACAUGCAAGACUGAACUCUCAUAAGGAUGUUAGAUGAAUAAUCUCAGGGUUUGAACUCAUCUUCACCAUUUAUAUGAGGUGACGUGUGAUAAAAUUCACAUGAGGUGAACCAGUGAAAAAAUUCUCGGAAUUACAAUGAGACAUAUCAGAAGCAUUUACCUAUUUUGUUGUAUUGUUAUAUCAGUGCGUGGUGGGGCUUCAAAGCUGCUGGAAGAAAGGGAAUUGACUAUCAACUGCUCCAACAUGUCUUUAAGAAAGGUUCCCACAGACUUGACCCCAAGCGCAACCAUGCUGGAUUUAUCCUACAACCUCCUUUUUCAACUCCAGCGUUCAGAUUUUCAUUCUGUCUCUAAACUGAAAGUUUUGAUUCUGUGCCAUAACAGAAUCCAGGAGCUAGAUAUCAGGACCUUUGAAUUCAACACAGAGUUAAGAUAUUUAGAUGUGUCUUACAACAGAUUGAAGAUGGUAACCUGGUACUCACUGGCGGGUCUCAGACAUCUCGAUCUUUCCUUCAAUGACUUUGAUACUGUACCUAUCUGUGAGGAGACUGGCAACAUGUCACACCUGGAAAUCCUAGGUCUGAGUGGGGCAAAAAUACGGAAAUCAGAUUUCCAGAAAAUUUCUCAUUUGCAUCUAAAUACUGUCUUCUUAGGAUUGAGAACUCUUUCCCAUUAUGAGGAAGGUAGCCUGCCUAUCUUAAACACAACAAAACUUCACAUUGUUUUACCAAUGAAUACAAAUUUCUGGGUUCUUUUGCGUGAUGGAAUCAAGACUUCAAAAAUACUAGAAAUGACGAAUAUAGAUGGCAAAAGUCAAUCUACAAGUUAUGAAACUCAACAGAAUCUUACUUUAGAGAAGGCCAAGACAUCCAUUCUGUUACUUAAUAAAGUUGAUUUACUCUGGGGUGACCUUCUCCUUAUCUUCCAAUUUGUUUGGCAUACAUCAGUAGAAUACUUCCAGGUCCAACAUGUGACUUUUGGAGGUAAGGUUUAUCCUGACCACAAUUCAUUUGACUACUCAAAUACUGUAAUGAGAACUAUAAAAUUGGAGCAUGUACACUUCAGAAUUUUUAGUAUUCCACAGGAGAGAGUCUACUUGCUUUUUACCAAAAUGGAUAUAGAAAACCUGACAAUAUCAGAUGCACAAAUGCCUCACAUGCUGUUCCCUAUUUAUCCUAUGAGAUUCAAAUAUUUAAAUUUUGCUAAUAAUAUCUUAACAGAUGACGUGUUUAAAACCCCUAUCCAAUUGCCUCAUUUGAAAACUCUCAUUUUGAAGGACAAUAAGUUGGAGACGCUUUCCUUAGUGAGUUGUUUUGCCAGCAACACAUCCUUGAAGCACUUAGAUCUGAGCCAAAAUCUGUUACAACAUGAAAAUGAUGAAAAUUGCUUGUGGCCAGAAACCUUGAUCAGCAUGAAUUUGUCAUCCAAUAAAUUUACUGACUCUGUUUUCAGGUGCUUGCCCAGAAAUAUUCAAAUACUAGACAUGAAUGAUAACAAAAUUCAAACUGUCCCUAAAGAGAUUAUUCAUCUGACAUCCUUGCGAGAGUUAAAUCUUGCAUUUAAUCUUCUAACUGAUCUUCCUGGGUGCAGUCAUUUUGGAAGACUCUCAGUUCUGAACGUUGAAAUGAACUUAAUUCUCAGCCCAUCUCUGGAUUUUUUUCAGAGCUGCCAGGAAGUUAAGAUUCUAAAUGCAGGAAGAAAUCCAUUCCGGUGUACUUGUGAAUUAAGAGAUUUCAUUCAGCUUGAAAAAUAUUCAGAGGGCAUGAUGGUUGGGUGGUCAGAUUCAUACAUUUGUGAAUACCCUUUGAAUCUGAAGGGGACUCAGUUAAAGGAUGUUCAUCUUCCUGAAUUAUCUUGCAACAUAGCUUUGUUGAUUGUCACCAUUGUGGUUAUCAUGCUAGUCCUGGGGAUGGCUGUGGCCUUCUGCUGUUUCCACUUUGAUCUGCCCUGGUAUCUCAGGAUGCUAGGUCAAUGGGCACAGACAUGGCACAGGGUUAGGAAGACAACCCAAAGACAACUCAAGAGAAAUAUCCAAUUCCAUGUGUUUAUUUCAUACAGUGAACAUGAUUCUGCCUGGGUAAAGCAUGCACUGAUCCCCAAUCUAGAGAAAGAAGAUGGUUCUAUACUAAUUUGUUUUCAUGAGGGAAACUCUGACCCUGGCAAGAACAUUACUGAAGAUGUCAUAAAGUGCAUUGAGAAAAGCUACAAGUCCAUCUUUGUCUUGUCUCCCAACUUUGUCCAGAGUGAGUGGUGCCAUUAUGAACUCUACUUUGCCCACCACAAUCUCUUCCAUGAAAGUUCUGAUAACAUAAUUAUCAUCUUACUGGAACCCAUCCCACUCUACUGCAUUCCUAUCAGGUAUCCCAAGUUGAAAGCUCUCAUGGAAAAGAAAGCAUACUUGGAAUGGCCCAAGGAUAGACGUAAAUGUGGCCUUUUUUGGACAAACCUUCGAGCUGCUAUUCAUGUUAAUUUAUUAGAAACCAGACAGAUGUGUGAACUACAGACAUUCACAGAGCUAAAUGAAGGGUCUCGAGGUUCUACAAUCUCUUUGGUAAGAACAGACUGCCUAUAAAAUCCCAUGAUCCCAUAGGGAAACUGGGGACUGCAUACCCUGUUAGGAUAUAAAUUGAUAACAACCUUUAUGGUGGAAAUUAGCAAUAUCUAUUAAAAUGAAAAACUACCAUUCCUUCAUGUCAGUUCCUUGAAGGAGUUCUAAGAAUGUAUCCUACAGAAACACCCAUUGCAAACAUUUAUAUAAAAAUGGUGUUUGUCCUAGUGUUGUUUAUAAUCAUGAAAAAUUGGAAACAGCUCAGAUAUCCACAAAAUAAGGAUUGAUUUAAUAAUAUAUGGUACAUUAAUGCAAGGAUUGAUUUAAUAAAUUAUGGCACAUUAAUGUGUAAGGCAAAUAUCAUACAGCCUUUUAAAAAUGAAGUGGCUAUAUAUUUACUGUUAUGGAGAAAAUUAUGUGUGGGUUUAUACACUGAAAUAAGGGUCUAAAGGAGUCUAUCAGUACGUUGGUGUCCUAACAGUGGUUUGGGUCUGAGAAGUGGGAUUAUAGGAAGCAUUUGCUUUCUAUUUUGCAUAUUUCUGUGAUGUUGGAUUUUCUUUGAAUGAAUCUGUAUUUCUUUUGUAAGAAGAGAAAAGAAUAAAGAUAAUUUUUAAAAUCGAAGUAGAUGAUAUACAAUGUUGUGUUAGUUUCUGGUGUACAGCAUAGUGAUUCAGUUAUACAUACAUAGAUUCUUUUUCAUUAUAGGUUAUUACAGCUAUUGAAUAUAGUCCCCUGUGAUAUACAGUAGGACCUUAUUGUUUAUUUAUUCUGUAUAUAAGUAGUUUGUAUCUGCUAAUCCCAAACUCCCAAUUUAUCCCUCCCCACCCGCUUUCCUCACUGGUAACCAUAAGUUUGUUUUCUAUGUCUAUGAGUCUCUUUUCUGUUUUAUAAAUAAGUUCAUUUGUGUUGUUUUUCAAUAAAGAUAAAUUUUAAAGCCUA